UACGAGGAGCUGCAGGUCUCGGCCGGGCGCCACGGGGACGACCUGAGGAACACCAAGAUCGAGAUCUCGGAGAUCAACAGGAUGGUGCAGAGGCUGCGCAACGAGAUCGACAGCGUCAAGAAACAGUGUGCCAACCUCCAAGCCGCCAUCGCCGAGGCCGAGGAGCGCGGGGAGAUGGCCCUCAAGGACGCCAAGGCCAAGCUGAGCGAGCUGGAGGACGCCCUCCAGAAGGCCAAGCAGGACCUGGCCCGGCAGCUCCGGGAGUACCAGGAGCUCAUGAACGUCAAGCUGGCCCUGGACAUCGAGAUUGCGACCUACAGGAAGCUGCUGGAAGGGGAGGAGAGCAGGCUGGCUGGAGAAGGAGUGGGAGCCGUCAGCGUCUCCGUGGUCAGCAGCUCCAGCGGGAUGGGAUACGGCGGCGGGAGCUGCCUGGGGAUGGGCGGAGGGCUCGGGAUGGGCGGCGGCGGCGGAUUCUCCGUGAGCGGCGGCGGCUUCGGGGGAGGCAGCGCCGGAGGCUUCGGGGGAGGCAGCGGCGGCGGCUUCGGGGGGCUCAGCUACGGCGGGGGCAGCACCUUCAGCUCCGGCAGCAGCCGAGGCGUGAGCUCCAGCACGGGCGGCAGCGUCAGGAUCGUCUCCAAGACCACCACCAGCAAAAAGACCAUCAGAUAA